AUGGACCGUCGUCAUAUCGUAAAACAAAGUGUGAAAUAUUAUUCAAACAUAAUAAUUUUAUCAAUCAUAGAUGAACUAGAAGUUGAAAUAAGAAAAAGACAAAAACGGAUCUGGACAAAAAAAUGGUUACUUAGAAGGGAUACACAUGGCAAUUCAGUUGGUCUAUUAAGAGAGCUCGCAGUAGAAGAUCAAAUGGAAUACAAAAGGUUUAUGAGAAUAACACCUGUUCAAUUUGACUUUUUGUUAAAAAAUAUAAGAUACCGAAUACAACGUGAAGAUACAGUCAUGAGACUUGCGAUACCUGCAAAAAUCAAAUUAGAAGUAACAUUAUCAUUUUUAGCAACCGAAAAUAGUUAUAGGAGUUUAUCUCACUUUUUCCGGGUUUCAAAACCAGCCAUUAGUGUGUUUGUUCCAGAAGUUUUGGACGCUAUAUAUGAUAUCCUUAAAGAUUAUAUAAAAGUACCUGCUACUCAUGACGAAUGGAAUAUUAUAGAAAGAGGUUUUAAUUCAAGAUGGAAUUGUCCGGGGGCAUAUGGCGCCAUAGAUGGGAAACAUGUAAUGAUUCGUGCACCACCUGAUUGUGGCAGUGAUUUUUAUAACUACAAAGGGUCAAGCAGUAUAAUUUUAUUAGCGGUUGUUGAUGAUGAUUAUUGUUUUAGUUAUAUUAAUGUUGGAGCUAAUGGGAGAUGCUCGGAUGGCGGUGUUUUCCAAAAUAGUUCUAUUUUAAAGGAUCUUGAAAAUGGCAUGUUACCAACUGGUGGUUUUUUUGUAGGAGAUGCAGCAUUUCCACUCAAAACGUAUUUAUUGAAACCUUACCCACACUCACCUCUGACGUACGAACAGAAGAUUUUUAAUUACAGACUAUCUAGGACGCGCAGAAUACUUGAAAAUGCAUUUGGCAUCCUAGUGUCCAGA